UUUCUGAGUUUUCUUCUUCAAUCUCAAACCAAUAUACUACACCUUGUACGUAAACAUGAAUGACGUACGGAAACUAGUGCAAGACUUGAAGCCUGUACUAUUGAUGGCAUUGGUGCAAGUUGCAUAUGCUUCGGUGAAUGUGCUCUAUAAGCUCGCCAUCAAUGACGGAAUGAGCAUUAGGGUUGUCACUGCCUACCGCCUAAUGUUCGCAGUAGUUUUCACUUUUUCUCUUUCUCUUAUUUUCGAAAGAAAGAGCAGGCCAAAGCUGACAUGGAGGGUGCUUUUCUUGUCAUUUUUUAGUGGCCUAUUUGGAGCAAGUUUAUUCCAUAACCUAUUCCUUGAGGCCUUGGAUUUGGUGUCAGCAACAUUCGCUACUGCUGUUUAUAAUCUCGUUCCUGCAGUCACUUUUAUAUUGGCCAUCUCCUGCGGCAUAGAAAAGUUAAACAUGCAAACCGCAGUAGGGAAGGCAAAGGUGUUGGGAACGAUAAUAGGAAUUGGAGGGUCAAUGGUGCUGACAUUUUUCAAAGGGGUAGAAAUUAACGUUACAACCUUCCGCACUGAUCUUUUGCAUCACAACGAGCAACAUGUAGUAACUUUGCAUAGUGACUCUGGUCAUAAAUUUAUGGGUGUUUUGUGUGGUUUUGGAAGCUGCUUCAGUUUUGCAUUAUGGCUAAUCAUUCAGUCUAAGAUGAGUAAAGAAUAUCCAUGUCAUUACUCAAGUACUGCAUUGAUGUCCUUAAUGGCUGCAAUACAAGCCACGGCCUUUGCCCUUUAUGUUGAAAAGGAUUGGAGCCAGUGGAAGUUGGGUUCGAGUAUUAGGAUUGUAACUGUGGUUUAUACGGGAAUUGUGGCCUCAGGAUUGGUGGUUAUUAUCAUUGCAUGGUGUGUACGGAUGAGAGGCCCAAUGUUUGUGUCUGUUUUCAACCCUGUGAUGCUUGUGCUUGUGGCUGUGGCUGAUUCUUUUAUGUUAGGUGAAAACUUAUAUGUAGGAAGUGUAAUUGGAGCCGUGCUAAUUGUGAGUGGGUUGUACAUGGUUCUAUGGGGCAAGAGCAAAGAAAUGAAAAAGGUAGAUCAGUCAUCGGUCUCGUCAGAAAUCACCCAAGAACAUGAAGCAACUGAAGUUGUUGUCAUGCCCACGACAAUAAAUAAUGGCAAUAGUAACUGCAUUAAAAAUGCCAACUCCAAUUGUGAAAGCAAUGCCAAAGUUUCUUGAUGUUUAAUGAAGAAGUAGACAUGAAAUACACGUCAUUGAAAUCA